ACUAUAUAUAAAAUAGAUGACCAACAAGGACCCACGGUAUAGCACAGAGAACUCAAUAUUUUGUAAUAACCUAUAAGGGAAAAUAAUCCGAAAUAUAUAUAUUACAGAAUUACUUUGCUGUACAUGUGACGCUAACACAAUUUGUAAAUUAUACCACAGCAAAAAAAAAAAAAGUUAUUAUCUAUAAAUAAAUCUAUUAUCAAAAGUGUUUAUUGGCUACUGACUGGGUGAGAUGGUGAGGAAAAAGAUCCACAUGCUUUGACAAUAUAAAUAUGUAUAGUGUAAAAGUGUGCACAAUUAUAUGUCAUUUGGAGAUAAUGUACAUAGUAAGCAUGGUAUACAGCAAAGCAGAAGAAAGUGAAUGCUAAACACACAAUUCAGGAUAAUGGCUGCUUCUUGGGGGGAGCAGGGGUCUGAGGAAGCUCCAAGGAUGUUGGUAAAGUUCUCCUGCUUAAGCCAGUUCAUGGGACAUGGUUGUUAAAUUAUUCUUUGUCCCUUUUAUAGACAUUAUAUAUAUUACGACUGAAAUAGGAAGAGCGACACAGAACCUUCUUCUUUCAUUAUUUUGUUGGAAAAAGUCUUGGGCCUCGGCAGGGUUGCAGGGGGGAAAGGGUAUUAAUGGUGAGAGACGUUCAUGUCCGAUAGACCGAGGUCCCACGGGGCACAGGUGAGGCUGUAAUACAAAAUAUGGACUGAGGAGUGGCCUUGGAGAGGAGGGGCAGAUCUGAGGAGGAAAUGGAUGUGGAUACAUAUGCAUUUGUGGGUGAACAAGAGCAAGUUGAGGUGGUUAUACCUUAUAGUCUCAAUCUUGUUGAGAAAAUGAGAGGAAAGGUUUAGGUUUGAAGGAAGCUGUGAGUUUUCAAAAACGAGCCCAUGGGAAACAGGAGGAGAAUCCUGCACACAGCAAGAAGGGCCAUUGCGUGAAGCAGAAGGUUCGGCAAGCCAUCUAAGGUAAGUGCUGAACAAAUUCACCAAAAGUAGGGAAGGAAGGGAAAUAGAGGAUAUUAAACUGUGUUUCCUUGUUGCCUGAAAAAUAAGCCAAGCUUUCAAGUCCAGAGACGCCCCCUUCACUUUAAAGUAGGCUGAAGCAGCAGCUGGUAACUGCUUCUGUUGGUGGCAUCUGUAACCUACUUCCUCCUUCCCUCACCAUGACUGAACUUUCCCUAAUCCCUUUUCAUUUCAGAAAGGGAUUUUAGAACUAGGAAGGGCCAUGGAGAUUACCUCUUCCAAAUUAUACCCAUUUAACAAACAAGGAAAUUCUGAUCCUGAGAGGUGACAUAUCUUGCUCAAAAUCAAAGUUCACAGCUAAACUUGGACUAGAACCCAGGUCUUCUGACUCAGGGGCCAAUGUUCUUUAUCUGAGCUUGAGAAAUAAUGAAACUUAGCUCAGGUUUGGUUUUCAUUCCUCAGUUCAGGAUUCCAGUAAGACCGCCUAAUUUUCAGUUUGAAAGAGGCAAUCAAAAAACGCCCAGCUCCAAUUCCAGCCCCCUCUGUGAGGCCUUCUCAGAUUCUCUGUGAGGGGUACUCACUUUCUACUCUAUGUCCCCAAGGACUGUGGUAGUUUAUCUCCUGACAUCAGUUUUUCACUUGUACAUAGCUCCCUUUUAGAUUAUAAACACCUUAAUGGUAGGGAUCCUUUCUUAUUCAAUUGAUUAUCCCCUCGGCACCUAGCACAGAGUCUUAUAUUUGAUAGGCACAUGUUGGCAGGGGUGGGGAGUGGGGGGGAUGAGACCAUAGUUUGCUUAGGAACCAAACUGAGCUCUUGUUCAUGUUCAUGGUAAUUUUGUUCCAUAUCAUCAUGAACUCAUGCUAGAAAGAGGUUCAGACUCAUUCCAGACUUACUCUUUCUGACCAUGUUCUUCUAAGCACUCACCCACAGAGAAAAAACAAUGGCAAAUUCUGAAGAAGAGUGAUGGACUUCAGAGUUGCCUAAGGCCUCUCGGGCCAGUGUAGAGCAAGGAUACACCUUGCCUCAAGUUCAGGACUAAGCAGGUCACCUCAGCCUGUUCGCAACAGAGAACUUUCAACACUGAAACUUGUGCUUCCUCUGCAUUACCAAACAGCUCACAGAACAAGGAGGGGUAUUAAACCUGUUUUUUGAAGAGUCACUGAAAGCUGAGUCAGGCACGGUUGGUUGUAUUCCAAAGUAAACACAGUCCAGAAAACACCUGAGUGUUUCUGCUGGCAAGGACAGAUUCAGAAAAUAUAAAAAACCAUGUUCUGGAGUAAAAGAAUGUGCUGUAUUCUUCCCAUAACCUAUUCUCUACUGACCAAACACACUUCCUAUUUCCAUUAAAAAACAAAACAAAACAAAAAAAAACCCUCUCAAUCACUAGCCUCUUCAAGAUGAGAUAAAGGUUCAACAGUGAUCCCCUGCCUUGGGGUCAGCUACUUAAAACAAAGGACAGCAGCCUUGCUUGGUUCAAGAAUUCUUCUUCUCCUAAGAGAGAAGCCCAAGUGUCUUCCUCAUUGAUUGGGGGAAUGGGUAUAGAGCACCAGAGAAGAGAGGAAACUAAAAUUAUAUUCUUUUUCUAGUUAGCUGCUAGACCCUUUCAAUUAAUCCUUGCAACAUCCCUGUGAGGUAGGUAUUAGUGUCCCUAUUUUAGAAGGACAGGCACUGAGAUUCAGAGAGUUUGGGGAUUUGUCCAAGGUCUUACCAGUGGAGGUAGCAAAACCAGUGUGACCCUCAAACGUUCAUGUUCUUUUUCUUACAUGACUGUAUUUCCUCUUAAAGGGAAGCUUAGGAACCCAGUUUCCUUUAGGGAAAUCUAGGCAGUAGAAGACACUCAUACCAAUAUAACCCUUGACUCACAUCUUUUCUAACUCAGGUCCAUGUGUGAGUCGGUCGAUAUCCUUUUCCAGAGAAACGUGGGCACAGAGGACCACAAUGUCUAGUUGAUUUGACUUUUAGGUGUCCUAGGACCCUGAUGGCAAACUUCAAGGGCCAUGCCCUCCCGGGGAGUUUCUUCCUGAUAGUUGGCCUGUGGUGGUCAGUAAAGUACCCCCUGAAGUACUUCUACCAAAAGGCGAAAAGCAGCCAGCUGACUCAUUACUAUCAGCGUCUCGAGAUCACUGAAGCUGCCAUCAGGACUUUGUUCUCAGUCAUCGGGAUCCUGGCAGAGCAGUUUGUCCCGGAUGGGCCCCACUUACACCUGUCCCAUGACAACAACUGGGUGAAGCUCAUGAACUGGCAGCACAGCACCAUGUACCUGUUCUUUGCGGUCUCGGGAAUCAUGGACAUGCUCACCUGCCUCCUCACCCACAUCCCCUUGGGGCUGGACAGACUGGUUAUGGCUGUGGCAGCAUUCAAUGAAGGCUUCCUCUUCUACUACCACGUCCACAACCGGCCGCCGCUGGACCAGCACAUCCACUCCCUCUUGCUGUACAUCGUGUUCGGAGGCGCUCUUGGCCUCGUCCUGGAAGUGAUCCUCCGGGACAACAUUGUGCUGGAGCUUUUCCGAACCAGCCUCAUUAUUCUUCAGGGCACCUGGUUCUGGCAGAUUGGGUUUGUGCUGUACCCGCCUUUUGGAGCACCUGAAUGGGACCAGAAAGAUCACGACAACAUCAUGUUCAUCACCAUGUGCUUCUGCUGGCACUACCUGGCGGCCCUCUGCAUUGUAGCCAUCAGCUACUCACUGGUUUUCUGCAUUCUGACUCGGGCAAAGAGGCCCGGAGAGAGAGAAAUCAUUGGGAUUCAGAAGCUGAAGUCGGGCCACACCUACCAGACGGCCCUCCUGAAUGGCUCUGACGAGGAAUAGAGGCAGCCAUCGGUCCCCAGCGGAGGUGGCGUGGCCUCUGGGCACACACAUGGUGGCAAACUAUGCAGGUCCCCUCCACUUUAAGCCUCACUGCGGUCUGCUCUCAAGAGUCUGUAUGUUUGCACCUCCUCGCUCAUCCAAGUGAAGUCUGUGUUGGGAGGGGUCUCCUUUGUGAAGAAAAGCGAGGCGAGCCUUUCCCUGUGUCUCAGGGUGAAGAGAAAUCAGACUCUGAAAGUUUCAGAAGUGACCUCAUGGAUGAAUUGAGGUUAUGAAGCCAGCAGAAUUACUGCUUCUGAUAAUUUAGCCCUUUUUCUCUCAAGAAAGCAGGUACUUUCUUAUCAGAAAUUAAGUCAAUAAUGACAGGGCCUUUUAUUAGAGCUAUAAUUCUAAUAUACAUUUUCCAAAGUAAAACAAUCCACAAGUUUUGUAUUUUAAAUGUCACUUAUUAAACAUCUUCUAACUAAUCAUAAUAUCCCAGAAUUACUGUAAUAUCACUCACUGUUGAUAAGUGACAAAGUUGGGCCAAAGGUGUUUGUUUAAUCAGGAAGCCAGUUAGUGGCUCAGCUGAGAGCUGGAACUCAGAUGUUCUGACUCCUCAAAAGCACCCUAAUGAGAGAGUGCUGACAGGAGCUCUCUAUAAUGACGUAGAGAGAAAAAUGCCCAGUUACAGAAGGCAGAGAAUAAAAAUCCUGCAAAGGAUAUGAAUCUUGAGCUAGUAAUAUAAAGUCUUAAUAACUGA